UGGACGCUGGUGACCCACUAUGGCAUGGGGUUAUGCAGUCCUGGUGACAGAGCCGGCCAGCCAAUGACAGAGUGAGGAGUUUUUCUCUCACUACUACACAGCCAUAAUGUAGCCAUGUGUGAGAGCAAACGGUUGGAUAUUUUGAACUUUGCAAAGCUGAUCUAUUUCACUUUUUACAGUUUUACUGCUGUUGGGUUUCUAUGAGGAACAAACACAGGGAGAAGGUUUUGUCACGUUGUACUGGAUGUGCGUUUCUUGCAUGUGUUAAUCAUUUAUAUUUACAACCGUGAGACGAUAAUCACUAGGAGGACCAAGAGUCAAAGGUCUCAUCUAGACAUCAGUCAGUGAGAAGCCCUUUGUCAACGUCGUCAGGCAUGGAGGGGAUCACAGGAAGCAUACUACUGUUGUGUCUUAUCAGCUUAACUAGCGCAAAUAAAAGUCCUUCAAUCGAUACAGAAAUUUAUCACGUGUGCGAAGACACCCCCAUAGGUGCCUAUGCGUUUACUAUAAAUGCAUCAGACCCAGAAAAUGACAGACUAACCUAUAAACUCACUGGGCCCAAUGCCGUACUCUUCAGUGUGAACGAAAAUACUGGGGAGGUAUCAGUCAAGAGGCAGCUGGAUAGAGAGAGUACUCCAUCAAUAGAUCUUGGAGUUAUUGUCUCUGAUGGUUCCACUAAUACACCUGGAACGUUACUUAUAGUAAUAGAUGACGCCAAUGACAACAAACCUAUAUUUGUGAAGGCUGAGUAUGAUACUGAGAUCGCAGAAAAUGCCCCAAUAGGUACAACUCUAUUUAAGGCGGAGGCAACUGAGGCAGACACUGGAAGCGCCUUUGUGAUUAGAUACAGCAUUGAUGAAGUUACUCCAAGUGAAGGAUUCAGUCUAUUCAGAAUUGUACCCUUUACUGGGGAAGUCAUAUUAAGAGGAAGUCUAAAUUACACUGAACUGAGCACUUUCUAUCGAUUGAAGAUUAACGCAACUGAUGGUGGAGGCCAGUGUUAUUACAACGUAACUAAUUUCCAGUCAAGCUCGGUUUUUUCCUUUGUUACCGUUGUGGAUGUCCCAGACCUCGACCCACAGUUCCUCGGUCUUCCCUACAUUGAGAAAGUUGAAGAGAAUUCUGCUCUAGGCACUGAAGUGCUUAAAGUGACCGCCAUGGACCAGGACAUAGGAGUCAAUGAUAAUAUAAUCUAUAGCAUUGAAAAUUCCACAGUAAAUGGCCUGUUUAAAAUCUCACCAAAUAAUGGCAUUAUAUCUGUACUGUCACCAAUUGACAGAGAAUCCACUGGUGAUACUGUUACCCUGAUUGUAAAGGCCACUGAGUCUAAACCAAACAUCCACGGGGUCGAAGCCAAGACCACUGCACAUGUACAGAUUAACAUCAUCGAUGUCAACGACGAAAAGCCAGAGUUUUACAAGUGCCGAGACUCAGACGAUGAUCUCUCCUGUGUGAGGGCGAAUAACUUCGCAGGAGAGGUCUUUGAGCACUCGCUGGGGGCUAUUCCCAUCAACAUGACUGUCAGAGAUCUGGAUAAGGUUGCACAUACUAAACUAACCCUGGAAGGGCCUGACAAGGAUGUGUUUUCUGUGGAACCUCAAUUUACCUCGUCAGAUAGCAUUGUUCAGCUUCUGGUCAAGCAGCCCCAAAAGCUGGAUUUUGAAGAAAAACAGCAAAUGGUUUUGCAGGUGAUUGCUGUAGAUCAAGAAAAUCAAAGCUCCUCCUCCACUGCCACGGUUACUAUUGAGAUCAAGGACACCAAUGACAACAGCCCCAAGUUCCCACAAAAUACAUACAAGUUGCAGGUGGCUGAACACUCUCCUGUUGGGACAAUAGUGGCCAACAUUACUGCAGAGGAUCCUGACACGAUGGAUCAAGGCAACAUCACCUACAGACUUCUUCCAGAAAGCAUACUUCUGUAUUUUGAUGUGGAGCCACAAACGGGUGCAGUUUAUGUGAAAAACAGAACUCUGUUGGAUCGUGAGGUCAGAUCUCUGUAUUCAGCGACUCUGCAGGCCAUAGACACUGAUGACAAACCCGGCACCACAGUGCUGGAGAUCACCGUGACUGACAUCAACGACCAGCAUCCAGUCAUCAACAGAGACUCUUACCUUGAGUUUGUUAAAGAGGGUGGAGAGCUUAAACUUAAGAUAGAGGCUACUGAUGCCGAUGACCCCGAUACGGAAAACAGCAAAAUUGUGUUUGCAAUUGUGCCGAGCAAGUACAGCGAUAACUUCACCAUAGACCCUGACACAGGUGUGUUGACAAACAGCGGUGAACUGGACCGUGAAGCUCUGGACCCAGAUAUGGAUGGAAGGAUUGAGCUUAACAUUACAGCUACUGACAAGGGUACUCCCCCCUUAUCCACCAUGGUCAAAGUUAUCAUCAAUGUAGAGGACGUCAAUGACAACAAGCCAGAAUUUGAAGCCUCCUCUUACAAAUUCUCUGUUAAAGAAGGAGUAAAAGGUGCAUUUGUGGGUUCUGUCUAUGCUGAGGAUUUGGACCAAACGACAGACUUUAACCGCAUCUCUUUCAGGAUCAUUGAGGGAAGCUUUGGCAGUUUUAUCAUUCGCACCUUUGCAGAGGAGAGGGGUUACAGGGGGAACAUCACCGUGGACCCAGACAUUGAGCUGGACUAUGAGAGCAAUCGCAAGCACUUCAAGCUGCGGGUGGAGGCCACAGAUCUGGAGCAGAAAACAGCUGUAAAGGACGUGGAGGUGGAAGUGUUGGACGUGAAUGAUGAGAGGCCCGAGUUCAAGCCGCCUUCGCCUGUUGUGAAAGUGAAAGAGAACACCACCAUCAGCGAGGCUAUUGGGAAUUUCACAGCGCAGGACAAAGACGGGAACCACUCACUGAUCUACGAGCUGGAAUCCAUCAAUUGUAGAUGCAACGGCUCUCUGGCACCUUGCGACUAUGUUAUCCUGGAACCGACAGGGGAAGUGAGACUCAACCCGGAGCACGUGUUGGAUUAUGAGCUAUGUGACCAGGUGUGGGUGGAGGCUCAGGUGGUAGACAAGCACACAGAGAAAGGAGAGAACAACAGUGUCAAACCAGAACGAAUGGAGAUCAUCAUCGAAGACAUCAAUGACAACACUCCAGAAUUUAUCUACUCAGAUUCUGUGUAUGUUGUGGUGUCAGAAAGUGCAAGUAAGGGGACAUCGGUUGCAGGAGUCACUGCUACAGACCGUGACUCUGGAGUAAAUAAGCAGAUUGAGUUUAAAGUAACAUCAGUGCUCUUUGAAAAUACCAUGAAUCAAACAACUACCCAGAGGAUGCUGUUUGAGGCCGUCACCACACAGCAGAGGGAUGUUUAUGUCGGGAUUAUUCAAACUACUGAAGUGCUUGACCUGGAGCUAAAAGGGAAGUAUUUGGUAACAGUUAGUGCAACUGAUACUGGUGACCUCUCCACCAACACUGUACUGGAGAUUUUCACAGUUGACAAAUCGUAUAAAGUUGUACUUCGAUUUGUAUCAACCCAAGCUGAAGUUGAAAAAAACCUGGGUACCAUCAUCAGGGCACUUACUGCUGCCACCAAGGCUGCUGUUGAAGUUGUUUCAAUUGGGCCUGACUCUUCUGAAGAAACCAGAGCGGGUGGCUCCAUCAUGGAGGCAUAUUUUGUCUAUUCCAACGGAAGUGCUCUCGCCUCCAAUGAAGUGGAAAAGAUGCUCUCUGAUCCUGAACAUUUUCCUGUACUGGGACAGUUGGGCCUCACGUACAUUGGGCAGUCUUCUGUGCAGAAUCCAGAAGUAGACCCUCUGCAGUACAUCCUGCUGGGGAUAGUGGGAGGCCUCGUCAUCGUGAUGGCUGUCCUCACCACUUCACUGGUGUGCACUCGCAGAAACUACAGGAGGAAGCUAAAGGCAGCUAAAGCCAUGAACUCUGCAUCCAUGGUGACUUCUGACAACCAGAAAGGCGGUGCUGUGGUGCCUGGAACCAACAAGUACACCAUGGAGGGGGCUAACCCUGUACUCAACCUCAACUUCGACACAGCCAUGGUCCUGGACUUAGAUGAGGAGUGCUCAGAUGUUGACAAAGUCAGCCUCAACUCCCUGGACUACAGUGAUGACAUGUCUGAAAAGAAUUCACAACCCACCAUGAAUAUGAUCCUGGAGGAGGAAGAGGACAAUGAGCUACCAGAUUACAUUGAGCCUCUGGGUGCUGCGCUGGCUCAGCAGGGCCAGAAGAAAGGCUCCAACAAUGUGCAUAUGGGUUUUACUAACCCUGCAUUCAGCACUACAGACCUGUAAUGGAAAUAAUCAUGAUAAAGACACUGACCAGAGGCCUCAGAUGGACAUAUGUUGCUUCUCUGUAGUCAGGUUAACCAAAUUGCCAAUCAAGCAUUGAUGGUGUUGGAUGAAGACCAUACGUCUUUAAAAAGCCUUCUGUUCUGUACCAAUGUAUUAUUAAGCUUCUAGUAUGGCUUAUGCACAAUAUUCAUGGCAUCUAAAAUGAUGAGUUGUCUAAAAAUUCAGUUCAAGUAAAGCAAAAAGGAAAACCAAAAUGGAAGGUGUUACUCUGUGAUAAUAACAAUAUAAUGAUUUAUUGAUCGAGAACUGUUUUGUUUGUUGAACAAUUGAAGGAAUACUUUUGGGAAAUAUGUUUAUCCACUUGCAGAGACUUAGAUGACAAAAAUUGAAACCACUUGCCUGCUGGAUGUUGUUUCAUAUUCAGUGCAGAGACACGAGAGAGGUAUUGAUCUUCUCAUUUAAUCCUCUGCAAGAAGGCGAAUAAGCAUGUUUCCCAAAGUGUCAAACUCUAACUUUAAAACUGUCUUCACACUUAAACUUCAAUCAAAUCAAAAUCAAGAUUAUAAAAAUUGGACAACAUCUAUGGGAAAACAAGCAAAACAUUAUUUUGUUGCACACAUGAAUCACUUUAUUUUUGUUAAUAUAUGAAGCAAUGGUUUAAAAACUGUUUGGUUUGCUUUGAAAUAAAUUAUAAAUAAGCUAAGUCAACAUACAAUGCUAAUUACAAAUGCAGCCUGUUCUACUCUUCAAAAGAAAAUCAAGGAGAAAACAAUAUUGUGAAUGAACAUCCUUAUUUCUAAUCACAACCAAAAGGUUUAACAUGAAGCAUGUUGUUGUCAGUGUUUGCUUUGGGUUUGAGAUUCUUGUUUGCUGAAAUAAAACUUCAUGCAGUUUGAGCUUGUGAGCUUGUACAAGCAGCAGAUUGAAAAUAUACUGACAUCUAAAUGAAUGUA